AUGAAGGGGAGUUUUAUAAGUAAACAAUUUAAUAUCACAUUAUGUGCAAAGGAUUACCACAGUAUGAGUACUGAAGCGCUAAGCUACGCACGAAAAGGAACUUUCGAACCUUUUUUUAACAUUAAAUUAAAAAACCCCAAAUACUCAAACUUAACUAAUAAAAGUUCAUAUAACACAUAUAAAAGUCGAGUUUAUAAUUCGGGGAUGUAUAACAAUGUAUCUCCAAAUUUUGCCAACACAAACAUGCACAUGAACAGUGGUGAAAAUUUUGCUAGUCAGUUAUCAAAUAACGCGAAUUACCCAUCAAAUAUCUCGCAUUACCCAUCAAAUAACCCUAAUUAUAAAUAUGAUGUCCCGAACAAUUAUUAUCAGUCCAAAUAUAAUUCAAAUAUAAAUAAUGAAAGUACAGAUAGUAAUAAUACUACAUAUCAAUAUUUUAGUAUUUUCGGAAGUACAGCAAUGUGUUUAAUAAAACCCAUAUUUCCUGAUUAUAUUAUUAACAAAAAUAAAGUAACGAUUUAUGGCAAAGGUGGUUUUCAGUUUGUAUUUAUGAAAAAACAAAACAAUUCUAAUAAAUAUGAUAAAAAUAACAAAAUGAGUAUAUUUCUUAAAAUUAACAAUUUGUCUAGUGUAUUAUGUAUAAAAGAUGUUGAAAAAUUAAAAAUCCCAAUUACUAUGAAAGGAAAUAAUAAUAAUUAUUUAAUAAUUGAUAAACAUAAAGAAAAAAAAGAUCAUAUCGUAAUAAAAUAUAAGUAUCAGUCAUCAAACAAUACAGACAAUAAUUUUAAUGACAUAAAUAAUCUCGACAUACAAAUUAAUGAAAAUGUAAAUAUAAAUGAUUUAAAUGAUGAAAAAAAAAAUAACUUUGAAGAAUUGCAUGUAAGUUCUGCAUUUUCAGAAUUCCAGCUUUUUCAGAAAGCUGCAAAUUCGUUAUUACCUCAGUUAAUUGGAUGGGCAAAGCAUUACUGA